GUCUCCUCUCCUCCCUGACGCUAUAUAGCUACUCGUACUGUGUUCCCCACGCCUAACCACCCCGACGCGUGACAGCCGCCGGCGCCGAUCUGACCAGCCUCGCUUCGCCUGCCUCGUACGCGCGCCGGGGAAAGGGAAAGUGAAAAGGGAAGAGGAUCAGGGGAAGAUGUGCUGCUGUUGCGGCGGCGGCGACCGCGAGCACGAGCACGGCUGUCGGCCGCUCGGGUUCCUGCUCGGCCUGCCCUUCGCGCUCCUCGCCGUCCUCGUCUCCAUCGUCGGCGCCAUCAUCUGGAUCAUCGGGCUGCCCAUCUCGUGCAUCUGCCCGUGCUGCCUGUGCGUGACGCUGCUGCUGGAGGCGGCGGUGGAGCUCGUCAAGGCGCCGCUCCACGUCAUGACGUGGUUCACCUCCAAGAUACCCUGCUGAUUCCUCGCUGAUCAGGGACCGCUCGCUCGCCCCCCUCGCUCAUGGCUUAGUCGGCCUUGCACAUGUCCGCAGAUUCUUGUUGUUUUUUUCACCUCGAAACAUAUGUUCGCAGAUUGAUCGGCGUAUAUUUCGUACCAUGGCUGAUGAUUCCUGCUAGCUUCCCCCCUUGGUUCGAUCGUUCCUGUGAUCCCUUCCGCGAUGUUUGAUGAUUGUGACUUUACUUCUCGUGACUGUUAGCGACUGCCUGUAGUUCUGUUUCCGCCAGAUUCUUCGGCUGUUAUUUGUCGGCGAUUGCUAUGGACACGAUGUCUAC